CUCCCUUUGCAGAGUUGGGAGCUCUCCCUUUCUGCAGCCAGCUCGCCUUGACAGCCGACACUGGCGCAGAACUCAGCACAAGCCUUAAAAGCUAUACCAUAAUUUUUCUGGUUUACAACGAUAAUUCACACCUGUGCUACUUUUCACACAUCUUCUUCCGGAGACCAGCGUCGGAGCGGCCUCGUCUAGAAUGGGGAACCGAGACGAUGAAUACGAUUUCUUGUUCAAAGUCGUGUUAAUUGGGGACUCGGGUGUAGGAAAGAGCAACCUGCUCUCUCGAUUCACACGGAAUGAGUUCAACCUAGAGAGUAAGAGCACUAUCGGGGUAGAGUUUGCCACACGCAGCAUCCAGGUGGACGGCAAGACGAUAAAGGCUCAGAUCUGGGAUACAGCAGGACAGGAGCGCUACAGAGCCAUCACCUCGGCAUACUACAGAGGGGCAGUGGGGGCGCUCUUAGUGUACGACAUAGCGAAGCACCUGACCUAUGAGAACGUGGAGCGCUGGCUGAAGGAGCUGAGGGACCAUGCCGACAACAACAUUGUCAUCAUGCUGGUUGGCAACAAAAGCGACCUGCGCCACCUGCGGGCCGUGCCCACAGACGAGGCCCGGGCCUUUGCAGAGAAGAACAAUCUGUCAUUUAUAGAAACAUCAGCCUUGGACUCUACAAAUGUUGAAGAAGCCUUCAAGAACAUCCUUACAGAAAUCUACCGCAUCGUAUCGCAGAAACAGAUUGCUGAGCGGUCUGCCCAUGAUGAGUCCCCAGGAAACAACGUGGUGGACAUCAGCGUGCCACCCACCACGGACGGCCAGAGGGGGAACAAACUGCAGUGCUGUCAGAACCUGUAACCCAUGGCAACCGCCCUCCUCACCUGGGUCGAUUAUUAAUUGAAAUCUUCGGUGUUGGUAUGCUUCCAUCUGCCUGGGGUGCAACGUUGCCUGAAUCUGCACUUUUUAGAUCAACCGAAUUGUUUCCAUUAUGCCACAAAAGAUCAAUCCCAGAAAGACGCGUUUGGAUGGAUUUCAAAUUAUAAUCUGACCCA